AUGUUAUUCAACGAAAUUCUGUCAUCACUUAACAAAGCGGUAUCUUAUAUUCCAAGCCAUUCGAGUAACAACGACAAUGAUGAUGGUAUUCUCGAUGAAAAAAAAUCAAUUCAGAGUGAUAAUGGAAUGUUGGAAAAACUUAAGCGCAGCGGCAGCAGUCGAAGCCUUUUUAAGCUCACCGUUUCAAUGAAGAAAAGCUGGAAUUCUUCAAGCCCAAGCAUCACCACUGUCUCUCCUCCAAGUCCAACACAGGCUGCGCCACUUUGGAAAGAACAAGUCGAUUCAAAUAUUAAAGCUGAACUUCCGGCAUCAGAAAUCCAUCGACAGGAAAUUAUCUAUGAAAUCAUUCGAACUGAAAAAGCCUUUGUCGAAGAUGUACGGUAUCUUAUUGAGCAUUACGUUACAUCAAUCCAAGAUUCCGGAAUUCGAUUACCAUCUAGUUUAAUUGAAACAUUUACGAUAUUGCCAGAUAUCUUACUCUUACAUUUAAAUGUAUCAUUGCAACUUCUUUGCAUACAGGCAAUCAUGUAUCCCGUCGUACCAUCAAUAGCGCACAUUCUUCGAGACUUGGCAACUCAGUUCCAGAUGUACGAAUCAUAUCUGAUUCAUCACAAGAUGGCAAUUUCCGAGAUAGCCAAUGCACGCAAGAAGAAUAAUAAGCUUGGACAAUUAUUGAAAGCCUUAGAGGAUGAUAUCCCACAGGGCAGAUUUUUGUCCUUGGAAAGUUUGCUCACAAAGCCUUUCCAAAGAUUAUGCAAAUACCCUCUCUUGGUCAUGACAUUGUUGAGAGCCACUGCGCCUUCCCACAAGGAUCAUGCAUUACUCUCAGAUUUACAUAAUCAAAUUGAUUGUGCUCUUAGGGAUCUCCAAGAACGCAAGGCAGAACACGAACGUUCAUCGGAAGAGGAUGAAUUCCCACGUAAAUUCGGGUCAUUUGGACGUUUCAACAAGUUUACUUCAAAUGGGGGUAAUAGGCUAAUAUUGGAAUUUGAUGGUAUAUAG